UACUCUUAUAAACCUUCAACUGCAUAUCGUUCCUCAAUCCAUAAACACCGUGAUGCUAGUCUACUGGUGUAAACAGGGGUACGCUUCAUUAGGCUACUCGAUAUUGGCCGGAAAUUAAACGUGUUGAUGAAACGUUCCGGACGUUUGGUUCCAUACUGAAUUCGAAAGCAAAAUUGGGAUUCAGCAGCAAAGAAAAGGUUGAAGAAGUUUACAGUUUUAAGGCGAUUACAAGAAGAGGACGCAUCGGAUUCAGCAACAACACAGAACAGUUUUUUAUUUCAGUGUCCACUUCAGGAUGUUAUUAACUUCCUUCAUCAGAGUGUCUUCUUCUCUCCCCGUGUUCUAGAAUAAGGAAGAACGUCUUGUUCAUGUAUCUGUCUCUACCGUAGAGAGAAACUAAACCCAAGGAGGAAGAAACAGUGAAGUUUUUAUUGCGCUCCGUCUUUCCCGCGUGCUGAAGUGAAUCAUGCAGCAUCCCUUGGACUUGGGGGCUCACUAUUAUCCCCCGGAGGUUCACCCCGACCACCGCUCCCACUCACACCGCUACCGAAGCUUUAUGAUCGAGGAGAUUCUCACCGACCACCCGGACCACAAGGUGUCUACCCCGGCAGGGGACCUGCUCAAGUUCGGAGUACAAGCUCUGCUCUCGGCGCGGCCAUACCACAACCACCUGGUUUUGAAGGCAGACCAAUCGGGUAUCCUGAAGUUCCCGAUGUCGCCACUCUCCUGCUCACUGGGAUCACCGUUAGGCUCCGCUCUCCUAUCCGGGGCUCCGGGACUCCACGGCGGCUCAGCUUCCCACCACCUCCCGUUGGACCUCCACCUCCGGAGCAAGCUGGAGCACGGCGGAGACGGCAGCAGUAAGACCAAGAAAGGCCGCCGGAGCAGGACGGUCUUCACUGAGCUACAGCUAAUGGGAUUGGAGAAAAGAUUUGAAAAACAGAAGUACCUUUCAACACCAGACAGAAUAGAUCUGGCUGAGUCUCUGGAUCUGAGUCAACUACAAGUCAAGACCUGGUACCAGAACAGACGAAUGAAAUGGAAGAAAAUAGUCCUACAAGGAGGAGGACUGGAAUCUCCAACCAAACCAAAAGGCCGUCCGAAGAAGAACUCUAUCCCGUCGAGCGAGCAGCUUUCGGAGCAGGAGAGGUCUGGAGACGUCGACCGUCAGUCGGACGGUUCUACCUCGUCACAUUCAGACACUAACCAAGAGGAAUAAUAACGUUGGUGCUCCGACUAACUGACAACUCUCUGAAGACGUUCACCAGACGUUCAUACAGCCUCUGGGAUGCGUAAUGGUGGUCGACGGUUGAAUCGAAGUGCCUUUGCCCUUGACUUCGAUAUUUUUGGCACUUACAUAGAGAGACUGAUGUUGGCCUCCCGUAGGAGAGGCGGAACUCUAUUUUUUAUUACUAGUAAUCGUUCUCCAGACACUUCCGCCUUGGGACGAGGUUACUUUUUGUAUGUUAUUGUCACAUCUUCUUUUCGUAAUCAAUGUGUUGUCAAUACCUAUGCUUCCAUCCGCGUCACGCCGAACUAACCGUUACGGAGCGGUAGCGGAGGGAGGGAGGGACACACGUCGAGCAGUAGGUGCACUCUUUCAUUGCCUCCAUUCA